CCAAAGGACGGAAGGGCACGAGAGUCUAGCCCGCCCCGUGGUUACAGUAGGCCGCGUUCCUGAGCUGAUCCCUUUCGUUUUCUCGAGCGGAGUCUUCCGCGAGCAAGGUUGGAAUUGUCUGUGUCACCGUCUCUCUUCUGGUUUUCAAUAAAGUUUUCUUCUUCCCCUUGUACGGAGUUCAAGAUGGCGGCCUCCUGGUCGCCCUUGGUUACCCUGCGACUAGUGCAGAGCCUGCUGAGAGGGAGAUUUGUUGGGUGCGGAGCCUGGGCCGCUGCUCUCGCCCCUCCAGCCACCGCCCCUGGGAAUCCCUUUUUGAAAGCCUAUACAGUUCAGACACCUGAGAGUAUGCCUCCAACUGCGGCUACAGAGGCUUAUUUGAAAGCUAUGGCUGUUUGCCAUGGACCUCUGGAUCACUAUGACUUUCUGAUCAAAUCUCAUGAGCUAAAGGACGAUGAACAUCAAAGAAGAGUCAUACAGUGUUUGCAGAAAUUACACGAGGACCUUAAAGGAUACAGUGUAGAGGCAGAAGGCCUUUUCUCAAAGCUUUUUUCAAGGAGCAAACCUCCAAAGGGCCUGUAUGUUUAUGGAGAUGUUGGUACAGGGAAAACAAUGGUGAUGGACAUGUUUUAUGCUUAUGUGGAAAUGAAGAGGAAAAAACGGGUUCAUUUUCAUGGUUUCAUGCUAGAUGUUCACAAAAGAAUACACCGCCUUAAACAGAGUUUGCCAAAAAGGAAACCAGGGUUCAUGUCUAAAUCAUAUGAUCCAAUAGCUCCCAUAGCUGAAGAAAUCAGUGAAGAAGCAUGUCUCUUAUGUUUUGAUGAAUUUCAGGUCACUGACAUUGCUGAUGCCAUGAUUCUGAAACAGCUUUUUGAAAAUCUGUUCAAAAAUGGGGUCGUCGUUGUGGCAACAUCUAACAGGCCACCGGAAGAUCUCUAUAAAAAUGGAUUGCAAAGAGCUAACUUUGUGCCAUUCAUAUCUGUCCUGAAGGAGUACUGUAAUACAGUCCAGCUAGACUCUGGGGUAGAUUACCGGAAAAGGAGACUUCCUGCUGCAGGAAAACUCUACUACCUCACAAGUGAAGCUGAUGUGGAGGCUGUCAUGGAUAAGUUGUUUGAUGAGCUGGCUCAGAAACAAAAUGAUUUAACUAGACCAAGGAUUCUAAAAGUGCAAGGCAGAGAGCUGCGGCUGAAUAAAGCCUGUGGAACCAUUGCCGACUGCACAUUUGAAGAGCUGUGUGAGAGACCGCUUGGAGCCAGUGACUAUUUGGAACUAUCAAAAAAUUUUGAUACAAUAUUUUUGAGAAACAUUCCACAAUUUACGCUGGCAAAAAGGACUCAAGCUCGAAGAUUCAUAACUCUCAUUGAUAACUUUUAUGAUUUCAAGGUGCGCAUAAUUUGCUCUGCAUCGACUCCUUUAUCAAGCUUAUUUUUGCAUCAACAUCAUGACAGUGAGUUGGAGCAAAGCAGAAUACUGAUGGAUGAUUUGGGGCUGAGCCAGGACUCAGCAGAAAGACUCUCCAUGUUCACUGGAGAAGAGGAAAUCUUUGCAUUUCAGCGUACAAUUUCCCGACUCACUGAAAUGCAGACUGAACAGUACUGGAAUGAAGGGGACAGAAGCAAGAAGUAACCACCACUUUUGCGUGAAUAAAACUCCAGACAGAUGAUUACCAAAGGGAGAACUCUUUGUUAUGGGACUUAAAAGAAUCAUUAGCUCAUCAUUAAUUAUGCACUUUGUCUUCUGGACCAUUUUAACCUAAAAUUACUGUCAAAGAUGUAAUAGAUUAAUAAGUUAAAGCCAUUUGUAUAGGUCUA